CGGCCGCACCGGCGGAGCCGCCGCCGCCGCCCGCCGCCAACCCCCGCCCCGGGGGCGGCUGCCCCGGCGGAGCCUCCAUCUGCAGCCCGGCGGCGGAGCGGGAACAUGGCGGACCUGGAGGCGGUGCUGGCCGAUGUCAGCUACCUGAUGGCGAUGGAGAAGAGCAAGAGCACCCCGGCGGCCAGGGCCAGCAAGAAGAUCACCCUGCCCGAGCCCAGUAUCCGCAGUGUUAUGCAGAAAUACCUCGAAGAAAGGGGUGAAUUAACCUUUGACAAGAUCUUUCAUCAGAAAAUUGGAUUUUUGCUCUUUAAAGACUAUUGCAUGAAUGAGAUAGAUGAAGCUGUCCCCCAGCUGAAGUUUUAUGAAGAGAUCAAGGAGUACGAGAAGCUGGACUCAGAGGAGGAGCGGCUGUGCCGCAGCCGGCAGAUCUACGACACCUACAUCAUGAAGGAGCUGCUGUCCUGUUCCCACCCUUUCUCAAAACAAGCUGUAGAUCAUGUACAAACACAUUUAGCCAAGAAACAAGUGCCAGCCAGCCUUUUUCAGCCAUAUAUAGAAGAAAUUUGUGAUAGUCUCCGAGGAAAAAUAUUUCAAAAAUUUAUGGAAAGUGACAAGUUUACUAGAUUUUGUCAAUGGAAAAACGUAGAGCUAAAUAUUCAUCUGACCAUGAAUGAUUUUAGUGUACAUAGAAUAAUAGGAAGAGGGGGUUUUGGUGAAGUGUACGGCUGCAGAAAAGCAGACACUGGAAAAAUGUAUGCAAUGAAAUGUUUAGAUAAGAAGAGAAUCAAGAUGAAGCAAGGAGAAACAUUAGCCUUAAAUGAAAGAAUUAUGCUGUCUCUUGUCAGUACAGGAGACUGUCCUUUUAUAGUCUGUAUGACCUAUGCCUUCCACACCCCUGACAAACUCUGCUUCAUUCUGGACCUCAUGAAUGGAGGAGAUUUGCACUACCACCUCUCCCAGCAUGGAGUGUUUUCUGAAAAAGAAAUGAGGUUUUAUGCUACUGAAAUCAUCCUGGGCUUAGAACACAUGCACAAUCGCUUCGUGGUGUACAGAGACCUGAAGCCUGCAAAUAUCUUGUUGGACGAACACGGGCACGUGAGGAUAUCAGACCUUGGGCUGGCUUGUGAUUUCUCCAAAAAGAAGCCACAUGCCAGUGUAGGUACCCACGGAUACAUGGCCCCCGAGGUGCUCCAGAAGGGCACGGCGUACGACAGCAGUGCCGACUGGUUCUCCCUGGGCUGCAUGUUGUUCAAACUGCUGAGGGGGCACAGUCCUUUCAGGCAGCACAAAACCAAAGAUAAGCAUGAGAUCGACCGGAUGACGCUCACCGUGAAUGUGGAGCUCCCAGACUCAUUUUCUCCUGAACUGAAGUCCCUUCUGGAAGGGCUCCUGCAGCGGGAUGUGAGCAAGAGGCUUGGAUGCCAAGGAAGAAGCGCACAAGAAGUAAAAGAACAUCCUUUCUUCAAAGGCAUUGAUUGGCAGCAAGUCUAUUUACAGAAGUACCCUCCACCACUGAUUCCUCCCCGGGGAGAAGUGAAUGCAGCAGAUGCUUUCGAUAUCGGGUCGUUUGAUGAAGAGGACACUAAAGGCAUUAAGUUGCUUGAUAGUGACCAGGAGUUGUAUAAGAACUUCCCUCUGGUAAUAUCGGAGCGUUGGCAGCAAGAAGUAGCAGAAACUGUUUAUGAUGCAGUAAAUGCAGACACAGAUAAAAUUGAGGCCAGAAAAAGGGCUAAAAAUAAGCAGCUUGGCCACGAGGAAGAUUAUGCCCUGGGGAAGGACUGUAUAAUGCAUGGAUACAUGCUGAAAUUGGGGAACCCCUUCCUGACUCAGUGGCAGCGUCGUUACUUUUACCUCUUCCCAAACCGGCUUGAGUGGCGAGGAGAAGGAGAGUCCCGGGACCUCUGGACUAUUUAUACAAAAAAACACAAACUGCAAAACCUGCUGACAAUGGAACAAAUAGUAUCUGUUGAAGAAACACAAAUUAAAGAUAAGAAAUGCAUCUUACUGAGAAUUAAAGGAGGAAAACAGUUUGUCCUACAGUGUGAGAGUGACCCCGAAUUUGUUCAGUGGAAAAAAGAGCUGACGGAAGCUUUCACUGAGGCCCAGAGGUUGCUGCGCCGGGCUCCAAAGUUUCUCAAUAAAUCUCGCUCCACAGUUGUAGAGCUCUCGAAGCCACCGCUCAGCCACAGGAACAGCAACGGGCUGUAGGAGACACGAACCACGUUCACGUAGGGAGAGCUACUUGGUGAACAUGCAGAGUGUCCCAGAAUCCUUAUGAAUGACUUUGUGCAAUCCUGGACGCGGGAUGUGCUUAAAAGAGGAGGAAUUCGAUGUUUACAGCGUGGGAUCAUGUCAGAACUCUGUCUCUGGAGGCUGUGAAGACUGGAAGGGUGGCGGGUGGAUUCCUGCUCCUGCAGCGGUGGAAGUCACCAAGCGUAGAGGCUGCUCCUUGCUCCCACGCGUCCCCACUCCCGGCGGGGGCCCGGAUGUGCUCCGUUACUCUGGAACUACUGAUGGAAGGAAGAGGCUGUUUUCCCUGCGAUCCCCUCGUUUGGUGGCACCAGGCCUGGGGCUGGCGCGGGUGCUGCUGGCUGGGGUGACACUCCACGGUGACACCGACGGACCCGGAGCUGCCGCCCUGUUGGAUGACCCUCACUCUGUCGUGUUGCCAUGUCCUUUCCAACCAUUACUGCUGACUCUAUAAUAACCUUUCUCCAUACUGCUGAUGAUCAACAGUGUGACUCUUAUGCACUUCAAAGUACUGAAUUCUAACUGUCCUGUGGUUUAAAUGUUAUUGCUACUUCAUGGGAGCGUUGAACUCGAAUUAUUCCCUUGGUUUGUUGUACUCACUAAUAGUAGCUACCACCGUUUUGCUUCUUCUACGUAUAUGCAGUACUAUAACUGACACAAUAGAGUAAUAAUUGGUGAAGAGGAAUUUAUGGUAGCUUCAUCUAGUGCUCUGUUGUAUAAAUUGACUAUUUUAGCACAGUUUUUAAAGAGCAGAUUCCUUUUGACAAGUUUACAGUGAACAUAAAGACAGUUCUUUUCCAUUUCAGGUCAACUGCACUUUUUAAAAAUUAAAAAGAAAUUAUUCAAAUCCAAUGCAUUCUAGUGCAUGUGCUGGGUUCAAAUGUCUGGGUACCUUGGUACGUAUUCUGGAUCACUCCAGUUCUGGGACUCGUGGAUCCUUCUCUGUUGUACACAGGUGUGUUCUCAUAGCAUAGAUAUCCCAGUUCUCUCUGUAGCUCAGCCCAGGAGGUUCGUGCACAUAUCACACAGCUCAGCUUGUGAAAGGAUCUUUGAUUUUUCUCUUGUAAAGAGUUCAAACUGUCCACAUUGUAAACAGUCUGAGAAAACUGAGUGUGGUACUGACAGAGGGAGCUGAUCAAAUGCCCGGUUUUUGUUAAUUCUACUUGAGGUAUCAGUCGUGUUGUGCUGAACUCGUGCUGAAGUCAAGAUCUAAUCCUGAACUGUCCAACAGCUUCAAGCUCGUCCAGUCAGCCUUGCCCUGGGUGUUGUGAUGGCUUGUAAGAGAGAGGUCAGGGCUGAAUUUAAGCUUUUUUUCUGAUUCAGUGAACACCUUUGAGAAGAUUUUCUUCUCAGCUCUGUAGGUACAACUCUCAGAAGUCCCCAAAGACAAUGGGAAUUGUGUCUGGUAAAUGAGAGCAGAAAUUGCCCUGACAGCUUCCCCCAUCCCCCCAGUGUGCAUGUUGCUGUCAGACAACCACAGACUUCCAGACCUCUUUCCUUGUUGAAAGGUAAUAAAGUUGGCUGUAUUGGCUUCUAGAAGUGGGGCUGGGUUGUCUGCAGAGCCCAUGCAAACUCUUAUCUGACCAUCAGGGGCUUCAUCAAAGGAAAAACAUCCUGGAAAAUACCCUCUGUGAGUCAGUGAUUACUUUCAAUGAUUUUUUUCCCCAUUUAUUUUCCAAAUUAUUCCAUGUAAAGGGUACCAGCCUCUCUGUCAUUCCUGCUGAUAAGUGUCAUUGAGCAUCUCAGCUCCUCUGUAAGGAGCAGUGUCCAAGUAGUCGGUCAAAGGUUGGACUCAAAGAUCUUGGAGUUCUUUUCCAGUCUGAAUGAUUCCAUUAUUCUGUGUGUGGUAUUUAAAAAUGCUUGGGAUAGGAAAUGUCUCAUGCCACUGGGUGUCGUUCAGCUCUCCCUACAAUAUCAUGCAGUGCUCUUAUUUUUCUUCAUGAUUUAGAAAACCCCUUCAGAUUGCGUUCAAAGCUGCUCACGGUUCUUGUGUAACUUGUUUGUACUUUUUUAGUCCAUGGUCAGUUCCAUUCUUCUCCUUCACCUGUUUUCCAUGGCUGGUUUUUACUCUCACUCCUUAUUGGCAGUCUCUGCUCAGCAGAUUCUGGGUGCUGGUGUCGGUGAGGAGGGGGAGGGACAGGGCAGCAACUGGGAAAUCAUGCCUCAAAACCUGAGUUUAUCUAUGAAAUGAAGGCUGUGUACUGACUUAGGAAAUUACUUGUAUUUUGGAGUUGGGAUGGCCCCAGACUGUGCUUGUAAUCAUGGCCCUUACUGCCUCGUCCCGGUCCACCCUCAGUCAGCUCUCCAUCUCCAGUGAGAGUGGGGCAGUAGCAGAUUUGGUUUUCUUUAGUCAACUGAUUUGAACGCGGAAAGGCACGUCAGGCACGGCCUUGUCUUUUGUGCAUUUUGACCGUAUUUGUAGAUAUUUGUAGGAGUUGUAUUUUUGUUAAUGUUCAGGGAAGUAAAGAAAUUAGAGCUUCAGGCAUCCACAGCAUUCAUUCAGCUGAGUGAAUGAUUAAACAGACUUUUAAACAAAUUAUCUGAAAGUCCUCUUAAAAAGCAUCAGCUGGACUGAAGAUUUAAGCGUGCGCGGGAGUUGUUUCUGAUAUUCCAAAAUGGAGAAUUACACCUGGAUAGGGCCACGUUAAACACCCCCUGACACAUCCACGUCUCUCCAGGGCUGCAGGGAUUAUAUCGUGAUUGUUCCUUGUAGCUGGCAAAUGCAGUAGGACCAGAUCCUGGAAAGCCAGCAGGAGUAGUGGGAUGGGAGAGAGCUGGGCUGGGGGUCCUGGGGCAUUUUGAGGAGCUGCACCCCUGCUCCCUGUGCUUUUUUGAUAUGUGGGAGUUGCUGUAAAUUAAUGUCUCUCUUGAGGAAUAGGGAUACAGCGAAUUCUGGGCAAAGUCAGGUUUCUAUGAGUAGAAAUUUAAGUGCAGGAGAAGCAAAGCCACAGUUAUUCCUGCUGCAGGCUGAGUGAGGAACUGCUUGGAGCAGGGAUGAGCUUGGCUGGUGUCUCCUGACUGAGUCAGGUGCUCCCUUGGACGCCGGGUCAGAUCAGGUGUCUCGUCAUUGCAGGUAUAAAUUUGUAUUACUCAGCUUUAUUUGGUAACUGUUUUGCAAAUUCAUUAACCUGUUAAUGGAACAUCUAUGAAUUUUUUUCAAUCCUUCAGCCAAGUGUUGGCUGUCUACUUCUCCAAGUGUAAAAGCUUCUUCCUGUUAGUUAUGUUGAGCUUUAUGUCUUGUUCUUGUCCCUGGUCCAACACAGCCUGUGGCCACAGGCUCACAGGUUCUUCCCAAACUGUUGCUGUGAGAUAAGCUGGAGUAAUGCUGGAGUGGAUCCAGCUUCGAUUGACAUUCCUGGUAUGUUCUCCCGUCCCCCAUUAGGCUUCAAAAAAACUUGGAGCAGGCUAAAAAUAGCUGAAAGUAUGGCUGGGAAGCCUGGCAGGUAGGGAGAGCAGCUCCAGGGAUAGACCUUGGCUUAGUCACAUUCAAAUUUUCCUCAAAUUCGUGGGGUUAUCCUGAGCAAGGCCAGGAGCUGGACUUCAAUGAUCCUUGCGAGUCCCUUCCAACUCAGGAUAUUCCAUGAUUCUGUGAUUCAGCACCUCCCCUUUAAAAACUCAGUGGAAGUUUUUCUUCUCCCACUUCCGUCCAGGGGGAAAAAUGGAAAUUGGAUUAUGAGGUUCGGUUUGGUUUUGAUAUAAAUCAGGUGUUUGCAGCGCAGUGUGUAGGUGAUGGAAACGCUGAGUUUUUGUGCUAAAACAGACCUGUUUUGGUUGUGGUCCUGUCCAAGUGGACACUGUUGUGCCCAGGAGAGCUGCUCAGGGGUUGAUGUUGCCCCCUGAGCAGGACCAAGCCCUGGCACUGUGGUGACUUGGCAUUGGCAUUCCUUGGGUUUACAGUAAAUCACUCAUAAGGAGUGACAUCCCUGGAGCUCUGAGUUGCUCUUCCCCUGGCAGCUGAACAGCUUUAGGGCCAGGUUCUUUAAUUCCUCGUCCAUAUCCACAUCCCACAGCCGUUGGCACACGGGUGUCUCCGUGCCCCUCUCAGCACGUGGCAGUGACACGGUUCCUUCAGCUCUGAGGUGUUCACACCCAGAAUAUCCCUGGAGGAAGGACUAUUUGAAGUGUACAGUAGACAGUAAAUAAUUCUAAUUGUGUUGAUUAAUAUAAGGAAUGAGUCAGUUCUAUGAAUUAAAGAAAAAAAACCUGAAAAGCGUAUUUUGACAAAGCAUAGUAUUAAUUUUAAUAUUGUACAAAAAGGAAAAUAUCUAAAAUAUACAGAGAAAAGAUGUAUAUCCAAAUGUCUGAGGAGUUUCAAGAUAAUCUACUUUUGUUUCCUGUUGAUUUCUAUUCCAUGGUGUACAUAUUGUGUGGAUGGAACAUUGGCUGUUUUAAUACUAUUGUUAAAUUGUAUUUUUAUUUUGUGUUAAACUAAUCACCACAGACUCAGCUUUAUUUUGUUUAUGUAAAGGUUGCUAUGCUCUGUAGGUAUAAACCCGAGAAUUCUAUUUUAACAUAAAAAGCAUUUUAUAUUAUUUAUUAAAUACAUGUUUCUCCAACUUCUGACAUUCCACAGAAUUUCUGCUCCGUAUGUGUAUGGAAGUGGCAAUUCCUUUCAAGCAGGAUCAGCCAGCUUUAUUCUGUUUUUCAUUCUAAAGUGGGAAUAGUCUCCCUGAGGAUGUGCAGCUCACCCUUGUCCCCCAGCACAGGGACUCUGGACUCUGUUGGGGCUAUCUCAAGGUGGAUCAUGAAUGCAGAAGCACCUGGAAAACUCCUGCAGAUCAACCCCUUGAUGUGGUAUUUCUAAAUUUCCCUUUUAUCUCUCAGCCUUCCAAGAGCGUUUAUUCAUAGGAGUCUGUGCUGGGUUAAUGAGAAUCAGUGACCUAAAUUGGGGCAAGGAGUCAGCUUGAUGUUUGAUAGAGCUCAGCCAUCAGCUCAGGGAAGUGCACAGCUCUAAUUCUGAGGGUAAGGAGUGAGUGGAGGAGAGCCCAGAGCGCUGCUGGAGCUGGAGAACUUGGUGUGGGGGCCAGUUGAGGCGUAGGGCAGGGAUGGGCUGCAGGCAGCCACAGUCACCAAAAUGUACAUACUGGAGAUGGAUUUGGUGCUUAAGAGUGAUCACCUGAUCCUUAAAAACAGGCCAGAGCCUGAUGAGGCAGCAGCGGUGUCUGUCAGGGAGCCGGGGCCAGGGCAGGACCCUGCUCCGUGUCACAUCCCAGGAAGGGAGUGGGCACUCCGAGACCCCGCAGGGACCAACCCUCGGGUGACCCCCAUGCUGGACCCCUCGCUGUGGGUACCAUCCUGGUGUCACUGUGAGAGUUGCUGCCACUGGGCACGUCUGUAGAGAGCCAACCUCAGCACCUCCUUCCCAGGUGAGGUACAGAAAUAACCCCAAAUUCAGCAGAUCAUCCAUUUCCUAAAAACGAUUCUGGUUGUGAGCGUGGCCUCUGCAGGUUGAGGAAUACUCAGGGUAUUACAGCACAUGCUCUUAAUUGCCGCUGUGGUGGACUUGAAGGUCUGUGGUGGUCAGGGCUGAUCCCCAUGACAUCUCUGGGGUGAAAUCUGGCAUUUUUUUGCUGCUGAAGCCCUCUCCUUGCUGAGGGGCUGCCUGGAGCCAGGGAGAGAUCCAUUCCGUGCUCUUGGAGUGGGGAGGGAUCCCUCCCUCACCCUAGAGCAGUCCCUGCCUUCUUUCCCAUCUCACCCUCUCAUGCCUGCCUGAUCCCACUGAAUUUUGGGGUGAGCUGGAGCUGCUCCUGGAGGGAGGUGAAGCCCCAUGAUGGGUAAGACUGUACUGGUGGCGUUGUGGCUCCUUAGUGUCUCCCCCUGAAAGCGGACACGGUGGGGACAGCACUGAGCCUGGUGUUGCUGGCCUGAGGUGUGUCCAGUCAGGGCUUUGGUAGAAAACUGGGGGACAGGUUUAGGAAGGUGGUUGUUCAGAAUCAGGGUUUGCCUGGGUUUGUUUAACACAAUGUGUUUCAAGACUGGAAAAGGAGGUGGACUGGGGUGACUUGUACAGGCUGGGAAGAGACUUUCCUGGCUGUAACAGGGAUUUUUUUCCUUGGAGAAAGGGAGAGAGCAGAGAGUAAGUGAGAUGGCACAUAAAAACGAGUCUGAAAAACAGAAUAAAGUGGGAGCAUCCUUGGAGAGGGGAUUUGUUAGCACUUUCAGUGCCUCAUUGGGUCCUUCAAAACAAAAAGGAGCAGAUUCACACGAACAGCUACUCGUGAUGAGGGAAAUGAUCGAAAGAGAACCUGUCCGAAAUGUGUAAUUAAUGGUAAGCAAAGCCAGGAUCUGUAAAUAACUUUAGAUAUUGUAUCGAUGAGAUCAUUCCUUGUUUUAUGUACUUGGCUCUUUCCAUAUUUAUUGUGGGGAGGAGGGUCCUCGUGCCGGGUGAGCCUGUGGCACGUCCCUCGGGCUCCUCACGGACUGUCCUCGGAGUUUACAGCCCUCGCCCGUCGUGGCGGAUGUGCCGCACUUGGUUCUUUCCGCCAGUAUUUUUUUAACGGAUUAUUUUGGCACAGCUAAGCUGCUUCUGUGUGUUGGUCAGUACAACUGCUCUCCUACGACCAGACCCCAAUAAAAACCGUCCUUUGCGUGUG